UUCGCUCAGUGUUGCUGUUGUGCUCGACAUGUUCACGUUGUGCAUGUCACGCGGUUCUCCACCCUUACAGGAUAACUCUCACAAGAACAAUGCUAAUAUGAAAAAUACGGUUAAGCAGGGUUACCUUCUUCGAUAUAGACGAGGCUUUUUCUGUACAGGAUGGUGCGAAGAAUGGGUGGUUCUGUACGAAGACUCAACACUUGCUUGGUAUACAGACAAGAGCUUGAAUAGGCCGAGAGGUUUUGUGCGAAUUAGCGACGCUCCUGAGCUGCUGGCUGUAGCUGAGUGGACCAGACAGGUACCAAGAAAGCCGCGAUUUCCCAGGGCAUGCCACAUAGGACAGCUACUAGCAGUAGGAUGCCGAAAACGCCACGAUGUUUAUUGGUUGAUGGGACAGACACCUGCUGAAAUUAACGAUUGGAUGACAGCUAUCAGCAAUACGCUUCCACCACCGCCAAAUAUUCCUUUUGAAGACACAAAACUUCCAGUAACUCAGAAAUCGAUUGGAAAUGGCCAUGUUAAACCGAUCGCAAAUGGUUGCGCUACUAUCAUCCCUAAUGGAAACUGCGCAACUUUGCCAAGUCUACCCAAAGCUAGUUCUUGCACAUCAAAGAGUUACAACUGCACACAAAACAAACAUGUGGACAACUAUCGACCAAAUAUCAACAAAAAAUCCAGCAAAUAUGAAAAUGACCACACUGUAUUAGCAGGUACAUCUUGCGGUGUUGUUAUGGAUUGGGGUCACGGUUGGGGCUGGACAGCGCAAACCCCCGCUAUUGCGCCCCAAAUUACUUUCACCACAGAAGCUUUAAGUAGCUCUCUCUAUUGUCAUGCUGUAGAGGACUACACAAUGGUUGGUUACGACGAUGUGGAUUGGAGUGCAUUCGGGGAUUUUUGCUUUUAAAAAAUCAGCCAAACCUUCUUUUAUUAAGCUACUAUCCCGACUGAAUUGUGAAUUUAUUUAGGCGUAAGAUCCCAGCGCUGCUGACUGCAAGGGAAAUAACCCGAAUAACCCAACAAAAUCGACAAUUACGCAAAUAGCAAUAACGCUAUGGUCAUUAUUCAAUGGCACAGUAUGCUCAUGCUGAAUUGGUUUUUUAAGCUCGCCGAAGCGAGUAGGAAACUCUACAAUAGAAGGAAAUACGUUUGGUUAUACCUACAAGUCAGAGAAUAUAAAACCGUUUAUGGUUCAUAAAGGAAAUAGAGUUGCUCACAAGAAAUAUGUAACGAAAGUGUUUCAACAUCAAAAUUAGCGUAACGCACUGUCCUAUUUACCUUAAGGUGGAUAAACGAUAAAUUGCCAUUAGGUUUAGAUUUGCUUUCUUUUGGUUUUUUUCAGUUUUGAAAUAUGUUUGGGAAAGUCACAAGUUAUAAAUUUUUGUUUUUCUAUUGAACCCUAAAUAUUUCGUAUUUUAGUUCUAAGAGGUAUCUACAUACUUUCAUAGUUUCUAAGUUAAUAAUAUGAUAACUUUGCUUGCAAUUUCCAAUUUGUUCAUUUGAACGCCACCUCAACUUCCCAGGCUAUACAGGGUGGCCAUUUUCUGAAUCUUU